AUGGGUGUCUUUAUGUUCAUCUGCAAAGAGGACGGCGGCAGCUGGUCCGCUAAGCAGUACGCCUCCAAGGAGGAGGACAACAAGGACCUCACCGCCGAGGGUUCUGACCUUUACUCGCUCGGCCGGAAGCUCGUGUCGCUCGCCAUUGAGAACUCGUCGGGCGGCGGCGUCACCUCCUUCUUCUCCUACACCACGCCCAACGCCGGCGUCUACGAGGUGAAGGUGGGUGGUGGCGCUGUCAUGGCUGCUGCUGCCGGUGCUGCUGCCAGCGGUGGUGGCGCUGCUCCUGCUGAGGAGGCCAAGAAGGAGGAGAAGGAGGAGGAGAAGGAGGAGAGCGACGAUGACAUGGGUUUCUCCCUCUUCGACUAG